AUGAUGCUGGAAGAACGCCACCGGGGCAAGCAAGUCUUUAUCCGGAUGAUGACACCUCCUGACAGGUUGAAUGCCGUUAAGGUCAUCGCGGAAGACGAGGAACGUACUGUGGUGCUGCUCCAGCUGUACAACCAGUCAGAGGAUGCCGACGAUCUGCUCCCUCAGAACAGCAUCUGUAUUAUUAAGGAAUCAUUCUUGAAGGUUACCACCGACGGCGCGUACAGCUUGCGGGUGGAUUAUGUUGGAGAUAUUACUCAACUUCUAGUGAAGGAUGAGCGGAUCUGA